AUGUCGAUGCAACGCUAUGUUGGUAUAUUCUUAAAGAACGCUUUAACGGUUCAAUGCAGCGGAGUGAAAAGUAUUGAUGGCACUGGCGAAAAUAUUCGUUUGAAGGAUCGCAUUUUGAACCGUGCUCCAGACCGCAUCGAAGACCUGCCGUCGUGGCAAUAUGAUGGUAGCUCACAAUAUCAGGCGCUUGUAUGCGAUACAUAUAAACCAGAUGGAUCACCAACUGAAAGCAAUAACCGCUACCUCAUUCAAGAUGCCGUUGAUAAAACGAAACAACAUGAGCCAUGGUUUGGAAUUGAACAGGAAUACACAUUGCUUGACAUCGAAGAACGACCAUUUGGAUGGCCUAAAAAUGGGUUCCCAGCACCGCAAGGCUAUUGUGGAGUUGUCGCAAACCGUGUUUUCGCCCGUGAUUUGGCCGAAGCGCAUACAUUGGCUUGCUUGUAUGCUGGUAUCGAUUUUGCUGGCACAAAUUCUGAAGUGAUGCCCGCACAAUGGGAAUUGCUAUAG